GUGACGUCUGGUGAACGCGGCUCCGGAGCCGCGGAGAGGGCGGGACCAAGGCCUCCCAGUACCGUUAGGCCACUCACAGUGGAGGACGAGCUAACAGGACAGCCGCACGAGCCAACCACAGCCGGAGCUCUCAGGCUGGACCUGGGUGGAGACUUCAGGCACUGCGGUUGCAGGUACCUCUACCUCCAAGAGUGCCAGAGAAGUACCAGAUGCUCAAUGGUCACUUCCUCAGAUUGGGAAAUGUUUACACCAACCAAAGGGGAAACUUAUGUAAUUGCCACUGGUGAAUGGGAUACCAAAAGAUUGGUGAGCCUGAAGUUUUAAGAACAGGUGGAAUUGGAUAUGGCUAAUUCGUAUGAUUUCAAUGAACAAAAUUCAUGGAAUGGAAUCUCAUCUGAAAAGAAGAAGUUCCUUGCAUCAGAAGAUCAUGGACAGAAAAUUUUAAGUGUACUACAGAGUUUUAGAGAACAGAAUAUCUUUUAUGAUUUCAACAUAGUCGUGAAAGAAGAAAUAAUCCCAUGUCAUCGGUGUGUGUUGGCGGCUUGUAGCGACUUUUUCAGGGCUAUGUUUGAAGUAAAGAUGAAAGAAAGAGAUGAUGGAUGUGUUACCAUUACUAACUUGUCCUCCAAAGCAAUAAAGGCAUUUCUUGACUAUGCCUAUACCGGAAAAGCAAGACUAACAGAUGAUAAUGUAGAAAUGUUUUUUCAGUUAUCAUCCUUUCUUCAGGUUCCCUUUUUGUCAAAAGCUUGCAGUGACUUUUUAAUAAAAAGCAUCAGUCUCGUCAAUUGUUUGCACUUGUUAUCUCUCUCAGACAGCUAUGGCUCUACACAUUUGUUUAAUCAGGUUUUAUGCUUUGUACAGCAUCACUUUCAUUUGUUAUUAAAAUCCAGAGAGUUUUUAGAGAUGAAUUUUGGAGUGCUGCAAAAGUGUCUGGAGUCAGAUGAGUUAAAUGUGCCAGAAGAAGGAAUGGUCUUGAAGGUUGUCAUUACAUGGAUCAAAUACAACUUAGAGUCCAGGCGAAAGCAUCUGCCUCACUUGAUUACAAAAGUAAGGCUACAUCAGUUAUCCGAGGACACACUUCAAGACUAUCUGCUCAAUGAGGAGUGUUUACUCAAAAGCACAAACUGUUUUGACAUAAUCGUGGAUGCCAUUAAGUGUGUGCAAGUUUCUAGUGGCCUCUUCGCUGAUGCUCGACCAUCCACAACUGAAAAAUAUAUAUUCAUCCACAAAACUGAGGAAAAUGGAGAAAAUCAACAUACAUUUUGCUAUAACAUUAAAAGUGACUCAUGGAAAAUACUGCCACAAUCACAUCUGAUUGAUUUGCCAGGAUCUAGUCUGUCUAGCUAUGGAGAGAAAAUAUUCUUGAUGGGUGGCUGCAAAGGGAAGUGCUGUAGGAAGAUUCGACUUCAUAUUGCUGAGUCUUAUCAUGAUGCCACUGACCAGACCUGGUGCUACUGUCCAGUCAAAAAUGAGUUUUUCUUGGUUUCAACCAUGAAAACCCCAAGAACCAUGCAUACAUCAGUCAUGGCUGUUAGUCGAUUAUUUGUUAUAGGUGGAAAGACUAGAGGAUCCCGGGACAUUAAGAGUCUUUUAGAUGUUGAAUCUUUUGAUCCACUAUCCAAAGAAUGGAUAUCAGUUAGCCCUUUACCAAGAGGUAUCUAUUACCCAGAAGCCAGUGCAUGCCAGAAUGUCAUUUAUGUUCUUGGAUCCGAGGUAGAGAUUGCAGAUGCUUUUAACCCAUCACUUGAUUGUUUUUUUAAAUACAAUGCUACAACUGACCAGUGGUCUGAACUAGUAGCAGAGUUUGGACAGUUCUUUCAUGCUACUUUAAUUAAAGCUGUCUCAGUAAACUGUACCCUGUAUAUAUGUGACCUUUCCACCUAUAAAGUAUACAGUUUUUGUCCAGAUACUUGUGUUUGGAAAGGAGAGGGCUCUUUUGAAUGUGCAGGCUUUAAUGCAGGUGCAAUAGGGAUUGAGGAUAAGAUUUACAUAUUAGGUGGAGAUUAUGCACCAGAUGAGAUCACAGAUGAAGUGCAAGUUUACCACAGCAGCAAGUCAGAGUGGGAAGAGGUGUCACCAAUGCCAAGAGCCUUAACUGAAUUUUACUGCCAAGUUAUUCAGUUCAACAAGUAUAGGGACCCAUGGUUUUCUAAUCAGUUCUAAAAGUAAUAUUUGCUUGAGUAAUCUAAAAUUAUACCUAGGAGAAUUAGUAAAACAAAUUAGCACAAUAAAAUAUUCCUUCUAUUGAAUAAUGACUAUAGAUGUAUGGUGUCUAUAAGUAGACAGUGUCCAGAAAAUUAAAAUAUAGAGUAUAUUUUACCAAAGUUACAUUGAAUGUGAAUAGUUCGGAAUACUUAGUAUUUUCUUAUGUAAAUAAAAAUUACAGGUUUAGGUAAAAGUUGGCAAAGAUAAGUCGGUGUUCAUAAAUGUUCAUGGAGAAUUAUUUUUGUAUAUAACCGGUAGCUUCAGUACAAUUUCAGGAUUUAAUUAGUACCUUACCAUUUUCCUGCCAUGGGUUCUAAUCAAGCAACACGUUGUUUUACAACUUUAGUACAUUCUAAGUGAAUCAUUCGAAAAAUUACAGAAUUUCUGAUAUCAGUAGUUUAAAAAUCUAUGUCUUUGUCAACUUCAACCAGAGCAUGACCAUCCUUGUUCCUGAGCAAGGUCAUUCUGUUUUGCAAGAGGCAUGCUUAUUUAAUUGCUCUAAGAGAUACUGCCAAUUUAGGUUUUUAGACACCUGAUUCAUAUCUCAGGCAUUAUGUAGAUCAAACAACUUAGAAUUAGUGUAAUUUCCUGCACUACAUUAUAAAUAUUAAUUUGUAGUAAGUGUAGAGUUAAGAUUAUCCAAAAUGAAAGUUCUUUGAUUUUAUCACACAAAUUUCAGAUGUAUUUUCAAAGUAUAUUUGCAUGCAGCUUCAAAACCAAACUCUCAGAUAUCAAUUACACGGUAUUUAGAACAAUCAGUACCUAGUUUUAAGCAUACAGACUGGUUGGCUCUGCCAUUUUCCUUCAUGUGUACUUAAGAAAAAAACUUAAGGGUUGCUUCUCUGGCAUUCUUUGAGAAAGCAGGUAACAAUUAGUAAUCUAUGCAGAGCUGUUACAUAUUUCUUAGUAAAGUAUGCUUAAAUAAUGUCAUCAGUAAAUCUAGGAAUUACUCAUUUCUUACACACACACACACACACACACACACACACACACACAUAUAUGAGAGAGAGAGAGAGAGAGAGAGAGAGAGAGAGAGAGAGAAACUAAAUUAAAAUAAUCUCCUCCCAACACUGUUACAUUCCCCAAUCCUUUUUAUUUCUACUAUUUUCUGUGAUAAUGUCCUUGACAUCAAGACCCAACUGGUCUACUUUGUAUUUGUUUUCUUUGCUUAUACUGGUUCUUUGUUAUAUUGCUGUGUUUCCUUUUUUUAAAAUAUGUUCAUUCCUUGCCAUCUCUGUACAUCUACAUCUUGUGCUCUUUUCCAUUUUUCAUCAUGAAGAAAAUACUUUGUCCAGCCAUAAAACCCAGGCUCUUUAUUUCUUUAUCACCACAACAACAGGCUUGGCUCUACUAACUAAUGCCAAACUUUGUAUUUCCUUGUCAUGCUUUCACUUCGUCUAACUGCCACAAAGAGGAAAAUGGUCCUGUGUUCAGAAUCUCUAGAACUCUAUCCAUACUGGAUAGAACUUUGCUCCAUGACUAAACUGGUGCAUCCAGUGCACUGUGGCCUUGCAACCUAAGAACAUAAUGUAUCACUCUGACUUUCUUCAUUCUGGUUUUCUAAUAUGCAAAUCUCUGUGAUCACUGAGGUCUAUUCUCAGAAUAUAGCACCCUUCUAUGAUGUCUUCUUUUAGUUCUCUUUUUUUUUUUCUUUUUAAAGUCACUCUUCCUUUCAUGUUGACAUUCAGCCAGGACUAUAUUGUAAUGGCUAAAUAAUUGACCUCAUUAUCGAGACUGCUGGCAUUCUUGUGGGGGAAAAAUGUCUAACAUUUCUCCAUUAUUUUUGUCUUACCCUACCUCACUAGGAGUAAGCAUCCAGAAAUAUUUGAAUAUUAUCUCCUAAAAUUGAAAGCAUGUAUGUGGCAUUGUUAAAUAUAGAAAAGGGUUAACAUAUGAAAUAAAUUUAGAGUUAUUGGA